AGAGUGAGCGGCGGACGGGCUGAGUGCACGAGAUUUCGAUCGCGGCUGCGGGCUUGAGAGUUCAGAGUGAAAAAUUAGGAUUGAGGGCACGGAGGUGCAAGGUAAUUCCCCCUCUAUUCCCAGAGGCUGCGGCUGUUGGUGUAAGAAAAAACAAAAGGGAAUUCCCCUUUUGCUUUUAUUUCCCCUCUAAAUCGAGUCAGGUGCUCUGUCAGAGUUCUUUUAUCGUUCCUUCCCACACAAAACUUCUUCUUGCUUUACAUUUUCAUUUUCUUAUUCCGUCCGCGCGCGGCGCGCAUCACCACCUCAGCAAUCGUCUUCUUGUCGGUAUCAACUCAAUAUCUAUCUUAUGGAAAAAGUUAUAACGAAAAUAUGAACGCUGCACAAAGCCACCGUGUAGUUUUCCGUCUACAUUGUGCACUUCUUUUCUGACAUUUGGGUUUUCGAAGUACAUGGAUGUUGAGCAGUGCCUGAAGCUGACCACUAAAUUAGGUUUGCAUGCCAUUCUAUUUUCAGUCCCAUAUCCUGGUCGGAUUGGAUCCAUCGACGGGAAUGGGUCGUGUAAUGGGCAUAUUCUAGAAUAUGAUGUCACUUGGGUUUUCGCCCAUCGCAUAAGGGAUGUCGAGCCUCUUGGGAAGGGUAAGGUUGAAAGGAGAUGGCUUCGGCCUAUCCUGGUGUGCCACCUUUUUGGUGAGUGGGAACGAGAUGAUACACUCUUAAAGCUUGUCACUCAGGAGAGGAACUGCCAACUUUCACUUUGUAUGGUUGUGGAAAUCCAAAUGUCGAUUGCUGCAAUUAGAUCAAUCAGUUGUAGAGAGAAGCGGAUGACAUCUCUAAGUCCAUCUUUCUUGUCAAAACUCCAAAUGUUGUCCUCUCCAUACUCUUCAGCUUCCCUUGACCAUCAAAAGCAAGAUCCAGAUGGCAGAUACAAAGAAACGUGCCAAAGUUUGCAUGAGAGUGAAAAUCUUGUUAUUUGUUCUCCCGCUCGGGUACGAAAGCUAAUAGCUUCCCAAUCAGACCCACUCCUCGCCAUGGAAAUAUUCGAUUUAGCUUCGCGACAGCCGAAUUUCCGGCAUUCAUAUGCCGCCUACCAUAUGCUUAUACUCAAACUCGGCAGCUCUCGCCACUUCUCCCACAUGGAAGCCCUCCUCUCUAAUCUCAAGACCAGAAACUAUUCCAUUUCCCCAUCUCUCUUUUCUCAUGUCAUAAAAAUAUAUGGCGAGGCAAAACAACCCGAGAAAGCCCUCAAAACUUUCUACUCGAUUCUCGAAUUCAACAUCAAACCCAGCACUAAGCACCUCAAUAGCAUCCUUGGAAUCCUGGUUGCCGACAGUAAAUUUCUCAAACCUGCAUUCGACCUUUUCAGGUCGGCCCACAAGCAUGGAGUUCACCCCAAUACCGUUUCCUACAACAUCAUGAUGCGGUCUUUCUGUUUGAGCGGCGACUUGAGUAUUGCGUACAAUUUGUUCAACCAAAUGUUCAAGCGUGAUGUUCUUCCCGACGUGGAGACCUACAGAAUCCUAAUGCAAGGGCUGUGCAGGAAGAGCCAGGUGAACCGAGCUGUUGAUUUGUUAGAGGAUAUGUUGAACAAAGGGUUUGUGCCUGACACCUUGAGCUACACCACUUUGUUGAAUAGCUUGUGCAGGAAAAAGAAGCUGAGGGAGGCUUACAAGCUUCUCUGCCGGAUGAAAGUGAAAGGGUGCAAUCCGGACAUUGUACAUUACAACACCGUCAUUGCAGGGUAUUGCAAGGCGGGCCGGGCUGCAGAUGCCUGUAAGGUUCUGGAAGAUAUGCCUUCCAAGGGGUGCCUGCCAAAUUUGGUGUCAUAUCAGAAUAUAGUUGUGGGGUUAUGCAAUCAGGGCAUGCACGAUGAAGCAAAACGUUAUGUUGAGGUGAUGUUGUCCAAGAAUAUGUGUCCUCAUUUUUCAGUCCUUCAUAUGAUGGCUAGAGGCUUUUGUAAAGCCGGGAGAAUUGAAGAUGCUUGUAACGUGUUGGCUGAGUUGUUGAGGCAUGGGAAUAGUCCUCAUGAGGACACUUGGGCCGAAAUUAUACCUAGGAUUUGCGAGGUGGGUGAUGUGGAAUCAACAGGAGACAUCCUGAAACGGGUUUUGAAGGUGGAGAUAAGGCCUGGCAUGAAAAUAGUGGAAAUUAGUUCUGGCUUGGAGGAGUACUUGAUGAAGAAGAUAAAAACUAGGUCAAAGGUGAGGUGAUUGUUCUUCUGUAGAACAUGAUUGAACCCUUAUACAAGUGUUACCAGGUGUUGAUUGUGAUGGGUACUGUCACAUUGUUGUCUAUGGAUGAUAUACGUUUAUUGAAAUGUUAGUUGAAAGGUUUGAGGGUUGAUCGAGUUUUUUUAUGCACAUGGAAUUUUAUUUAUUUUUAUUUCGUUUUGUUUUCAUGUAGUAUUGUUAUGCAGUUGAAUUGGCAUCAUUGUCUGCUAUUCAUCAGUAAAAGAGGCUUUGCUCUUUCUAUAUUCCCGCAACAUAAAGCAAAAGGCUAAAAGGGGAAAGGAAAAUGGAAGGAAAAAAGUUUUCAUCUCUAAAACUUUGCAAAUUUUGUGUUUCUUAUUCCUCUAAGUGAACAUAAACUUAGCCAAUAGGUUUAUCAUGUUUCUUUCACGCAAAUGGGCUGUAACUAAUCAAAUGGCUGGUUAAGUUAUCAUGUUUGGGCAUGGGCUUGUCCUGUUGAAGGUGACUCGUAUAGGAAUAUGUAAUAUAUAUACAGGAAUAUUGUGUCAACUGUCAAUUUAUUCAGCAAAUUGGAAUUUGGAUCUUAAAGCUAUUGCAUUGCUAGCUCGGAGUGCAGAAUACAAUUCCAAGGUAUGUUGCAACCAUGAUGGUGUGUUGUUAACUCUUAUAUUCAACCAUUUAUAAUGCUUUAAGCAAUAUGUGAAAUUUUAAGCUUUUCAUACACAAGUUGUCCGCAAAUAUAGUGGGCCACUAAAUCAUUACUGGAUUUUUUUUGUGGUUUCUCCUGUGCUUUGCUCUUUUAUCCUGUUGAACAUAUAUUUGUUCCAAGAUUUAGAGUUUGUUUUGAACAGUUAUCUUGCUAGCAUAUAUUUUACAGCAUCAAGUGCAUCAGCAUAAACUCUAGGCGCUUUUUUUUUCUUAUUUUCUAUCUGCUGUAGACUUCAGAAAGCUUGCUUUUGGUGUCUUGUUUUUUAUUCUCAAUUCUUUAUGUUUUAAUCUCACUUAAGUAGACGAUGGAAUCUUUUAUUUAAGUUGUAUUAUACUAUAAUCCCAACUCUUGGAUAACUUAAGCAGUGGCAAAUGGAAAUUUCAAAAUAGGAAAGUACUAGAUUUAUGUCUAUGAUUUGUAUUUAUCAAGCCUAGUAAAUGGCAUCUGAAUCAGAUACUUACUUUUUCGAUGGGAUUCCAGCGUUUCGCUGCGAUGAUUAUGAAGAUGCGGGAACCAAAAACAACAGCACUAAUAUAUGUGUCUGGAAAGAUGGUCAGGCAUGCAUGAUUAUCAUUUGUUUUCCCUUUGUUGGUUAUAGAGUAUUAUCUUGCUUAUAGACUUCUGUUUAAGACAUAAAGUCAUAUACUAUGUUUUUUGUUAAUCCUAAAUGUGUUGGGUGCUUAUGGUUCAUCAUUCAAAUUUGUACUCACGGUGGUUUAUUUAAGUCUUUUCAGAUGAUUUCCUAAAAGUUCCUUUAUCUUUCCUAAAUUGGCUGCUGGAAAGGUAUAUACCUAUACCUGGGAUGCUAAUGAUCUAUUUGCAGAUCAAAGUUUCUUUAAGGAAGCCAUUAUGGAUUUGUUGGCACUAAAACAAAAGCAUCAGCUAUCGCGGUUUACAUGAACUAGUUAUAAAACUGUAGUUUACACAAAACAAGCUAAGCAAAUCAUUUAUGUUCCUCUUACUUUUGUCUUAUUGUGUUUUCAUUUUCACCAUCCUAUUUCUUCAGUAUGCUAGAAUUAUUCAGAAGCUUGGUUUUCCAGCCGAAUUUAAGGAUUUAAGAUUCAGAAUAUAGUCAGUUCUCGUGAUGUGAAAUUUCCAAUUCGACUUGAAGGCAUUGCGUAUGUGAACGGUGCCUUUUCCCGGGUGAGUGGUUCAGUAGGCUGUGCUUUCACUGUUUUUGUUAGAGGCUGUCAUCAACAACAUUCAAAAUGAUUAAGUGAUCAAACACAAAAGUAAUGUUGGUGCCCACAUGACACUGAAGCUUCUACAUAUAUGGGAGGUUUGGCCGUUGGGGGUGUGAGGGAGUCUCUGAAUUUAGGAAAAGAAGCCUUAAACAGGACAUUGUUGAGGAAAACUGGGUGCAGAAAUUUGUUAGUACGGGGAAAGAAAUACACAGUAUUUGGGGAUGAAUUUCAUUUCCAUCAAACAAUAGUUUCUUAAUAUGAAAUUUCGACUGUUAUAGUUUGAUAAUAUUUUAUUAGUAGUGGUUAAAAAGGCAUGAACCUCUGGGAGGCCACAAGCCAUUAAAAGGAGGAAAUUAUUUGUUUCAAACACCUGUCUUUUAAUGUUUUAAAUUUACAUUAAUUUCUUCAUUUAUUGGUUCAAUAUGAGCCAGAGUUGUUUCCUGGACUAAUUUACAGGAUGAAACAAGCAAAGAUAGUCUUGCUCAUUUUUUGUCUCGGUGAAGAUUGUUCUCACUGGAGCUAAGGUCAGGGAUGAGAUCUACACCCUUUGAGAAUAUAUACUCUGUUCUCACUGGAUUUCGUAAACUUCAGCAAUGGUAUGAAGAAAGUGUGGUUAUGUGUUUCAUUUUCCAUUCCUAGUGUCUGCUAUUUUCUGUCGACUUGUUAUUCAUCGUGUCUUUGAGCUGAUGAUCUAUAGUUCAUGAAAGAUUAGUGAUAAACAAGAGAUAGUUGAUGNAUUAAUAUAAUACUGAAGGCAUUGCAUUAGUCGGAGCCGAGAAUGUCAUGGGUGGAAUGCUAUUGGCAGCU